UGGCCAGCCUUCGUUUCGUUUCUGCAAACCAGUCACAGCGUUCCUCAUUGGAGGAAAGUUUGAGAAAUUCAAUCAAAAAUUCAGGAAACGUGUGCGGUUGAAUAAAAAACGGAAAAAGAGCGAGUCUAAGGGCGAAAAGCAGCAAAAACAGGCGAAAACUGAAAACCGCAUUGCCUUCGUUCGAUUUGGUACAAAGAAAUUUGGUAAAAAAAAGAGAAGAAAAAUGUCGGACCGCAAGGCAGUGAUCAAGAACGCGGACAUGAGCGAGGAGAUGCAGCAGGAUGCCGUGAACGUGUCCACCGCGGCCCUGGAGAAGUACAACAUCGAGCAGGAAAUUGCGGCCUACAUCAAGAGGGAGUUCGACAAGAAGUACAGCCCCACCUGGCACGUGGUCGUCGGCCGCAACUUCGGCUCGUACGUCACCCACGAGACGCGUCACUUUAUUUUUGUCUACCUUGGCCAGGUGGCCGUGCUGCUCUUCAAGAGCGGCUAACGGGAGUUUUCAACAAUUGAGCCAUUCUCAACAUAACCUAAACAUCUAAAAUGUCCGUCUGCAGCGACAAAAAAUCUAAAAAGCUAAAUAGUUAACCCACCGCCAACAAUACUCCAUAAAUUGUAAUCCAAAGCAACACUUUUCCUAAUAAAAAAAAAAUAAAUUGCUCAAA